GCUAAUACUGCAACAACAUGUCAAACAGAAAGCUUUCAGGUGCGUGAAAAUUGGGUCUUAGAAAAACCAUGUCGUCUCAGAAUCCAACGGAAAGAGAGACUGAAAACACAUGGGAAAACUUGGACGAAGGCGUCAGGAGGGCUGUCAUCUGUCUUAGAGAUUUUGCCAGGAAGAAGGAGAAGGAUUUUCAGUACGUGAUAUCCCUUAGUCCUUCUGAACUGGGUGUUUUCCUGAAAGAUUUCUACCUUCAACUUAGAAACCAGGCUGAGGAAGAUGGCACCGCUAGUGUCGCCAGUUUGCAACGAGUCAGAGCGGACCUCAGUGAGUAUUUUAAGAAGGCAAUUGAUGUGGAUAUAACUGUAGGCAACGAUUUUACAGAUUGUAACGGUAUCAUUGAUGAAAAUCUUGUAAAAGACACAGGUGUUAAAAAUACUGUCAUGAAAAAACAUUCAAGACAACGAACUUUCACUUUUGAAACUAAUGAAUUGCGACAAAUAUAUUUGAGUGAUGCAAUGAAUUUAGAUCAGCCAGAGUCAUUGCAAAACAAAGUUUUCUUUGAUGUAUGCAUGUACAUUUGUAAUCGUGGUAAAGAUUUUUUGCGUUUGAUGACGAAGAAUGAUUUUGAAGUUUCCACUGAUCAGAACGGACGGCGAUAUGUGUGGCUGAAGUUCAAUUCUAAAUUCAGUUUUAGUGAGGUCGCAGGUGGAACUACAACGGAAUCGGUGAAAGGAUCGCAAAUUGGGGAACGCAUGUAUGAACGACCAGGUGAUCCAAAGUGUCCUGUCUUGUCAUACACUCAGUAUGUAAUUCACCUUCAUCCGAUGUCUGAUGCGUUCUGGCAGCGACCGAAGCGUAGUGUAUUACCUACAGAUUUUGUCUGGUAUGACAACCAGAGUAUUGGAAACAGUACACUAAACAAACUGAUGAACCGUAUUACACAGUCUGCAGGUUUACCAGACAGUUACGCAAUCAAUGCCAUAAAGUCAUCAUACAUUCCGAUCAUCGAAUCCAUAUGUCGUUAUGCUCUGUUUGGCAAGUCAAAAACUUUAUUUCAUAUUGCCACCAGAGGGAGCAGUUGGGACUCUGGUUCCCCUCACAUGUUUAUGGGUAAAGCUGCAGAGAGAUUAGAUACAACGCAAGAAGCAGGAUACCAGACCUACAGAAACUGUGAUUCUGACAUUCCAGGGUACCAGGCAAAGUACAGGGAUACGGGACAAAAUGGUGGACAGGACUUGCAGAGCCAUGCGAAAUGUGCUGCAACAAACAUGCCACAGGUGGAUGAAGAUAGGAAGAAAACAGAGACAGGGAGUAUCUUGGAAGCCAAAUUGAAAUGUCUCGAUAUUGUGCACAGUCUAGAAGUCCGAGAUAUUAAAUCAUUCAUCAACUGGAUGAAGACGUUUGAGGUGAAACACGAGUCAUCAGGACUGAUGGUUACAUGCCAGCCUGUGAACGAUAUGCAACAACAGCAGCAGAUAGCAAGAUCAAUGGAACAGAAUGGAAUAAAUGGCUACGCAGAAAAUGGUGGUAGGGAAACAGUGCAACAGAGGAAUAAUAGCGGACUAAGUGUUGUGAAUGAGCAAAGGGAAUUUGAAGCUAAAGAUCUGGAAUUUGACUGUAUUGGAGAUACAUUUUGUUGUACGUCUGACAUAUCACCUAUGAAGAUCACAAUUCCAGCACAGGAUACAGUUAUUCUGACUGGUUUACAAGCAGAGUCACAGUUACUGCUACACAAAAACAAAACGGAGAACAAGUCUAUUGAUCAAAAGUAUUCUCCCUUGCAUCUCCGAGUUUUCACAUCAAACGAGAACUACAGUUUACAAAAUGUAAAGUCUGUGGCGUUAAAGAAGAUCUCCUCAGAUGUACAAGCUAAUGAGAACAAUAUUCAACAAGAUACAAUAAGAUCAAGCUUCAAAGAAGAAAAAUCUAUUCCGAUGAAAAAGCGUAUAGUUGUUGAUCAGGGUGAACAGAGCCAGUGCAGCUCUAUGUCUAGUUCCCCUCAGUCUUACCCACAGUCUAGAUCCCCGCCCACAACUUUCCCCAGUCCCAGACACUCAUCUCCCUUAACAUACAUGCCGCAACAGCAACAAGGGUUUAGUCAGAAUGUUGGCCGACCUCCAGGUUUGGUGUCUGGGCAGCAUUCCAUUCUGUCUCAAGCAUCUUCAUUUUCAGUGACCCCUGGACCCCUAAUGUCAGCAUCUCCAGGCCAUGGUCAGCCCCAGGGUCCUAGUCAGCAGGUCUCAGCAGUCCCAAAAUAUAGGGAAAGGUUUCCGGAUGGGUGGGGUUACAUUCCAUUGCAGAAAAGACAAAAAUUUGGUAUGCAUACAAAUAAUUCGAAAGAAGAUGCCCCACUUGAUUUGAUCAAACAGACUUGAAUAGAGACAAUUGUUAAUUGGCAUAUUAACCAGAUACUUGAUGUUUAUAGAAAAUCCUUCCUUUGGAUUUUGUACAGGGACCAUUGCUUUGUUCAUGUAAAGCUACGACCACAUUGGGUUUUCUUAGGGCAGUAUCACAACUGCUUAAGAUAGCCUAAGGCCCAAUCUUCAUCUUUUAGCUGGCCCCUAAGGGAUUUCUAUGAUAAGUGGAAAAAUAGCUGAUUUGAAAUCACUUCCCCUUUAACUCUGGGGUUUUGAACUUUGCUUCUGUCCAGAUUCUUUCAUGUCAUCCUGCUAGCUUUUUUGGAUCCUCCUACAGCGCUAGAACUGGAAAGUUGACAUGCCUUUGGCUGCUGAUAUGGCUUCUUUAAAUAUAACAAAAUGUAUGAAUUGCCAGCCACUUACUGAUGUUCUGUUUGAAAGCUUGCUGCAUUAGGUGACAUAAGUGUAUAACGCAGUUAAGCUCUAUACUGGUCUUCAGAUGGUCAUUGGUCAUUAACUGCUAAGUCUGUAAUUAAUUAGAAGCCUUAUAUUAUGGCUCUAGAGGUGAAAAAAAGUUCAGCAUAGUGAACAUACUAACAGUCAUCAUUGUAUUUUUUCAGCUCUUCAGUAUGAAGUUUACUUUAAGUCAUCAUGUUGCUAAAAAUAGAAUUAGUGCCUGUUUCAGUCUUGUGCCAAGGUAGGAACUGAAAGUUCCUUUAUUGUAUUUGAAUAAAAUAAUCUUUAUCAGACAUUUGAAUUUUUUCAGCACACUUCGUAUUUGAGAGCUCAAAUUUUAUCUUAAUUUCUCAGUGUUUUAUUGUUUUUUUUUUGUUGUUGUUUUUUUUCCGCAUUAGACUAUCCUUUUUGUUGAGGAAAAGUAAAUUUAGCACCAGUUAUUGUAAUUUUAUCAAUUUUUUCAAAACUGAAUUCUGCUCAGUGUAUACAUAACAUUACAGUAGUUUUUUCUUUGUUAUCCAAGAAGUGGAGUUGAGUUGUUGUAUUCAGUUAUAUUUCUGUUCUCAUUAAAUGUCUGUAAAUUUAUAUUUUUGUCUUGAGAAGUAGUUGUAAUCAGUUCAGUGGUGUAGCUAUGCUGAGGCUCACUCAGACUAUUACAAUGGAAUUAUUUUGUACAAAAAAAUGAAAAGUGCUGGACAGUUGUUUUCAAGGGAGCAUACUCUUACAUGUCCAGAAAAAAGCUCUGCCUUGCUAAGUUUUUAGCUCGACUAUUCAUAGAAUAGUAGAGCUAUUGGACUCGCCCAUGCGUCGGCGUCCGCGUCGGCAUCCGCGUCCGCGUCCCGAUUUGGUUAAGUUUUGUAUGUAAGCUGGUAUCUCAGCAACCACAUGUGGGAAUGGAUUGAAACUUCACACACUUAUUCACUGUGAUAAACUGACUUACAUUGCACAGGUCCCAUAACUCUAUUCUGCUUUUUUACAAAAUUAUGCCCCUUUUUCGACUUAGAAAUUUUUGGUUAAGGUUUUGUAUGUAAGCUGGUAUCUCAGUAACCACUUGUGGGAAUGGAUUGAAACUUCACACACUUAUUCACUGUGAUAAACUGACUUACACUGCACAGGUCCCAUAACUCUAUUUUGCUUUUUUACAAAAUUAUGCCCCUUUUUCGACUUAGAAAUUUUUGGUUAAGGUUUUGUAUGUAAGCUGGUAUCUCAGUAACCACUUGUGGGAAUGGAUUGAAACUUCACACACUUAUUCACUGUGAUAAACUGACUUACAUUGCACAGGUCCAUAACUCUAUUUUGCUUUUUUACAAAAUUAUGCCCCUUUUUCGACUUUCGUAUUCAUUCAGUCGACAAGGCUGUUGAAUAGUCGAGCGUUGCUGUCCUCUGACAGCUCUUGUUUGUCUUCUGGCAAUGUCUCGAUAUUAUCUCUUUUUCUUCUUCAUUGUUUUCUCAUACAUGUCUUUACUGAAGAACAAAUGAGGUGCCCAAAAACCGUUGUUAAUAUUUUUAAUUUUGCUUACAUUAUUGUUACUUAAGAAAGUCCUUUCCUAGAAUUGUUUUACCCAACUUCUCUAACCAGUAAUGCGCCAGACAUUUUCAAAUUUGUCAAGUACCGGUACUUAUAACUUUAGAGUGUACAACAUAUACAUAUCAGCCACUUCAAAAUGAAGAGUGUUAAUUAAAAGGCUGGCCAGUUUUUAAGCUUCAUCUAAAAUAUAGCAAAAACAACUAAAUCAGAUAGAAACUAUGAGCAUUAUGAAACUUGGUUAGGACGCUAUACCCCUGCCAUUUCAGUUUCUUUAUGCUGAAGAUUUCACUAUAAACUUCACUUGUAAACUUUAUAUCCUAUACUUAACCUUAAAUAAAUUUUCGGCUCUAACAUUUAGCUUUUAUCUGUCUCAUUUAGUUGCCAGUAUUCUAUUAGAAAAGGACGUUCAUGCUUUAAAAAGGUAGAUUUUCCAGCUUCUGAUCUUUGGGUUAAUCACAGGCCUGAAACCUAUUGGCAUUGUAAUUAUUUUGGUGAAGCAUCUGGGUAAAGAACUUAUGAAAAGAAAUGUUUCUUUUAAGUGCCGUCUCUUAACCUUCUGGCACAAAGUGGUUUUGCUUUUGCCACCAGUGCAGACCAAGGAUGUGCAGGCUGAUCAUGGUCUGUACUGUUAGCUAUUAAGUAAGUAAAUUUUCAUUGAACAUCCCUUUGAAUAAUAAGUGAUGCUGCCCAAAUUGAAUGAUGGACCAGUCCAUUUUAGAAAUUUAGCAGGGUAAGGGUUAAUGCUUCUGAAAUAAUUAACAAAGCCAACAUUCUGAUUUUGUUUUGAAAUCACUUAAAUUUCUUGGCAUUAGAUUUUGAGUUUUCAACCAGAUUGGCAGUUUCAUCAAGACAAAAAAGCAUGAUUAAUAAAUGUUAAUUUUAGGUUCUCUUUUUGAAUUUAACCCUUGUCAUGCUGGACACAAUUGAUUCUGCCUUUGCGGCCAGUGUACAUGAUCAGCCUGCACAUCCAUGCAGUCUGAUCAAGAUCUGCACUGUUCGCCAUUCAGUCAGUAUCUUUUUUGGUAAGCACCCCUUUUAACAGUUAAUAGUACUGUCCAAGUUUAAAGAUGGACAAGUUCAUUAAAGAAAUUUAGCAGGGUAUGGUUGCUGACACACGUUAAUGAUUUCCCAGUAAAUAGUACUAGUUUUUGCUUGUUUUGUCAUUUCUCUGUGUCAGAUAUACAUUCUGAAAUGUUAUUGUAAUUUUUCUACCCAACUGUAAAUUAGUAGCUUUAAGGUAGUUGUUUCGUGUUUGUAAUAGUUUCUUGGCGUUUUUUUUUUUACUUUAGACAAAAAUGCUUAAGAACUUUUCUUUGUAAAAUGGCUUUCCUUUUUGACUGCUUAAAAUCAGAGGUGGAACAACGCUUGUAAAUGGCAUGACAGUAUAUUUGUCAUUGUUUUUUUAGUUCAUCGAAAUCCAGCUUGUUAUUUUAGUAUAUGGUCGCGAGAGAUUAUUUUCAAGAGGUUUAAUGUUGUUUUAAUUUUGUAACUGUGCAUUUUAUUUGCUGUAUAUUUCGCCAUUUUUUCUGUACAUAAGAUAUAUAAUUAGUUUUAUAAAUGUUUCUCUGCAAAUUGUCUUUCAAUAAACAGUUGUAAGUGAUAUAUAUAAGAAUGUAAAUAUAUAGUUAUACAUGUACAUACAAUAUAAUAUACCGGUAAAAUUGUUUUGCCAAAUAACAUUAGGUAUUCAUGUUGCAAUCAUUUUUUCAUCACUAAACAUUUCUGUAUGUUUUUUUACUCUAAAUUUCUUUGCUUAUAAGUGUUACUGUUGAAAGAACUGUUAGUUUAGAUGUUAAUAUUCUUGACAUUUGAAAUGAAAAUAAUAUUCUUUAUCCUUUUUCAUGCAAGUAGAUGAAAGAUCUUGAAAUUACGGUUUGGAUUGUGGUAGUUUGUAUGGUGUGUGUGUGUGUGUACAUGCGUGUGUGUGCAUGCAUGUGCGGAAGAGGUUUAAGGUCUUAUUUUUAACUAAAUUUCAGUUUAGCAAAAUACUGCUCUUUACAAACAAGGUCCUAGGAAUCAUAAGACAAGUGAAACUUAGCAUGUUAAUUGUCUCUGAGUAUUUACUGAUUUAGGAAAUAAUACACUCCCUGUCUUUCAGUAACAAAAUAACUAACAAUUUGUCAACAGAGUACAAAACUGAACAGCAGUUUGUUUUCCACAAAGAAAGCUGCACCUUUGAGGGCUAGGCCCAGAUCAUUCGAUUUAACACAGUACAUUCUGAAGUGCUAUCAUUCUAUAUCAUCCUUUAUUAUUAGCAACACAAAAAAGUGCUAGAUCAUUCAGUGCAAUGUAUUGAUCUAUGAAGCUUCUCAACUAUCCCCAUAUUAUUACCUUCACUGCUGGAGAAGUGAGAACUGAAAAUGAACUAAUUGUGCAAAUCGUAAUUUUACAGUAUUUCCUGAACAAUGAGUUUUUCUAUCACAUUUUUAAGCAUAUUCCAAAGAUUAAAUUCACAGCACUAAAUGUCUUAGUGCAUUCCCAAUAUUUACAAAUCCACAGUUCUAACUGACUAGUACUUAAUAAGCCGAUUCCCAAUAUUUGCAAAUUCACCAUGCUAAAGGUUAGUACUUUUAUAAGCAUAUUUCAAAAUAUUUGCAAAUUCACCAUACUAAAGGUUAGUACUUUUAUAAGCAUAUUGCAAAAUGUUUGCAAAUUCACCAUGCUAAAUGAUUAGUGUCUUAAGUGUAUUCCAGAGAUUAAAUUCACAGCGCUAAAGGUUAGUACUUUUAUAAGGGUAUUUCAAAACAUUUGCAAAUUCACCAUGCUAAAGGUUAGUACUUUUAUAAACAUAUUUCAAAAUAUUUGCAAAUUCACCAUACUUAAUGUAUGUACUUUUAUAAGCGUAGUUCAAAAUUUUUGCAGGUUCAGCAUGCUAAAUGACUCUUUUUUUUUAAAGUAUAUUCGGAGUAUUAACAAAUUCACAGUGCUUUAUGACUACUUUAUAAGCAAGUAUUUGCAAAUUUACAGUUUGAAAUGAUUACCAACUUUUUUAGUCUACCAAAAUAUUUACAUAUACUAUGCAUUUUGUGUAGAAAAAAAUUCAUGUUUAUCUUUUAUGAAUAACACUGGUGUAAUAGUAUGAAGGUAGACGCUUUCUGCAAGAUCACGUGCAGAAUUUGACAGCAGCAAAAAAAAGAGGGAUUUUAAGAAUAUCUUUCAAAAUCUGCAAACAAAAUUUUAAAAACGGAGCAUUCAAUUCAAUUAUCUGGUGGUAGAAAUUAAAAUUAAUUCAACACAACUAUGUAUUACUGGAUGUAUGAAUAUAUUGAAUUAAAGUUAGAAACUGUAUUUUUGUUGGAAGACAACUCAUAUAACAUAAAUUGUGUUGGCGUGACAAAACAAAACGGAGAAAAAACAUAUGGGUGGGUCUUUUUGGCUAUUUUGUUAUAAAUAAUUUUGGCAAUUUCCCUUCCUAUUUUCCAAAAAAUAAACUAACUUGUGUGUAAAAUGUCUUUGUGGUAUAGCUGGAUAUUGCAUAUUAAUUUACCUUUCAGUGUAAAGAAAGCGGUAUGGGGAGACAUGUGCUUUUAGUAAUAGCAUUCUAUAGAACAUCUAUGGUCACUUGACCGCCAUCGCUGAUUUGUGUCGGAAACUUUCCACAUUUAACCUUAAGCCUGCUGGUGGUGAGUGAUUCUGCCUUUGCAACCAGUGCAGACCAAGAUCAGCCUGCACAUCCUAUCCACUCAGUAAAUUUUCAAUAAACACCCUUUGAAAAAUAAAUGGAAUUGCCCAAAAUGAAUGAUGGACCAGUCCAUUUUAGAAAUUUAGCAGGGUAAUGAAAGGAUGAUGAGGAAAUUGUUCUAAGACAAAACUGUUUGCAAGUAAUUAAACUUUGAAAUUAUUAUUUACACCAUUUAAAGAGACUGACGUAGAAAUAUGAAUAGAAAUGCCUUAUAAUGAUUCCUUCAGCUCUAUAGAUCAAAAGAAAAAUAUUGACGUGUAUUGUUGUUUACAUCAUGGAAACAUGUUUAUGCCAUGUUUGUGUUGUGUGAAAUUGGUUAGGGAGUGAGAGUAGUGCUUUAUAAAGUAUCCCUAUAUUUUCAGCAGACAAAUAUUUUUGUCCAAAUGUUCUCCUCAAGGUAUGAUUGUAAUAAAUGGGCUUGGCAGACAUAAUAUUCACAGAAAUAUAAUAAAUAAGGCUUAACUGUUCUGCGCAAGCCCAAUUAAGGAAUGGCAUUCUUGAAUAUCUGCAGCAAAUUGUAAACAGAAUUGUGUGUUAUUAACAAAAUAGUCUCAAGUUUUUAGUUAGACAAAAUAGUCUUAAAGUCUUGAUUUAAUUUGCAUAAAGACCUAACACAUGUAUCACUUGUGAAAAAAGUUGAAAUUUAAAUGGUUGUAAACCUUCAUCCACUGCAUAGAAAACAGUAAUAAAUGUACAUGUUUUAUUACAAGUUUAAUUUUUCAGAAUGUUAAAUGUUUAUGUCUGCAACUUUCUAGAUACUUCUAGAUAACACCUUACUGUACAUAGGUUGCAUGGAAGUUCACAAUUUUUUUUCAUGUUUUCUAGUCUUUAAUUUGUUGGCAAUAAGUCUUUAAGUUUUAUACCACGUUACACUUUUAAUAGCUGACCUUUGCACAAAGUACUCAUGGUGAGAUUUUUUGGAUUGUCAGAUGUCUGCCUUCUAUCCGUACAGAUUUCAUCCUAAAUCAAAUUCACCAAAUUUCACAGGAAUGUUCCUUGCAUUUUCCCCUUUCAGAUUUCUUCAUAUCUUAAGUCAUCCAUUCAGAAUUCUGGUUGCCAUGUCAAAAAAAAAAAACCCCAAAACAAAUCUUAUCCUCAGAAACCACUUGACCAAUUUUGAAAUAUUUUCACAGAAAUGUUCCUCAAUCAGAUUUCUUCUGAUCGUUUUGUUUCUUUAAAAACAUGGCCGUCACAGGGCAGGGCUAGUUUUCUUGAUAUUCUCGUUUUGUCAUCGGCCCACAUUACCCAUCCCACAUUACCCCCUCGCCUACUAUUUCUUGAUAUUAUCCCUUGAUAUCCUGUGUCGUCAACAACCUGCUCUUCCCUACACACUCGGACACAGACACACAUUACCUUUCAUAUUUAUUCAGUGAGAACUAACCAGAAAUCACUGGUUCUAUUCUAUAAUAAUCAUAUAGGUAUUUACCGUGCAUGACCCUAUACCAAAACUGUUCAAGCAAGCUGUGAAACUCAGGUGAGCGAUCUAGUGUCGUAAUGGCUCUCUUGUUUCAGUAAAUAUUUCAUGCACAUUAGAAAUAAAUCUAGAUUACUAUGUGAUAAAAUGUUAAUACAUGUAUUCUAUCUUCUUUUCAACUUUUUAUGUGAAUCUUACUAUGAUUGCAGCCUUUUUAAAUGAAAUGAGCCGCGCCAUGAGAAAACCAACAUAGUGCAUUGCGACCAGCAUGGAUCCAGACCAGCCUGCGCAUCCGCACAGUCUGGUCAGGAUCCUUGAUGUUUGCUAACAGUUUCUCUAAUUGCAAUAGGCUUUGAAAGCGAACAGCAUGGAUCCUGACCAGACUGCGCAGCUCAAAUAAGGAAAAGAAUUUAAUAUUCUCAGUGACUGUGAUGGACGUAUAUUUAAUGAAAUUGGUUGAACGACUUUUUUUCCAAGAAUCCCCUCAUUACACCAUCUACCAGCCACUCAAUAGUACAUCUGCUGUAUUCUGUCACUUUUUCUAUUUCUACUGUAUUGGCAAACAUUUUUAAUAGCGGAGCACGCUGUCUUUUCAACAGCGCUUGUUAUUGUAAAGUUUUAGAGAUAACAUAUACCUCAUUGUAAGAGUGAUAUAAACAUACAUGUAUAUAAUUGUAAAGUGCUAAUUGUUUAAGUUUCACACACAGAACAUUUUUUUUUAAUGUUUUGUGUGUUAACGCCUUUUGUACAGAGUAUUUUUGUUGUGUAAUAUAAGAUUUAUAUGAACUGAUCCUCAGAUUUUGGCGGUCGACUUAGAAUUCCUUUUAUUAGUAUUGAUAUUGUCAUUUUUCGAGGGGAGGGGAGUCUUAGGUGUAGAAUCAAACUUACCAUAUCUUUAUUACCUUGUAUGUCAUAUGUAAACUUUAUCUUUAACUUUUAGUGGUAAAAUGUGACUUUUGAAAAAAAUCUUGUCUUUUAAUAUAGUAAGUGUUGCACUUGAGAUUUACACGCAGAAUUUGUUUGUAACGUUGUUCAAAAUUUGUUGCUUUUUUAAAUCACUUCAAGUAGGAAAACCCUCCCCGAAUAAAUCCUGAGACAUAACAACGCUAGCUUCAUUUCAGUAAAAUGAGAUUCACCAUUUGAUUCAUAGUUUCAACACAAAUAUAUUUCAUGAAUUACAUUUUUGUAUUGAUUGCAAUGAAAUGAAGCAGUUUUAUUCCAGUUCAUUAUGCUUCUUUUUGAGCCUUGCCAUGAGAAAACCAACAUAGUGGCUUUGCUACCAGCAUGGAUCCAGACCAGCCUGCGCAUCCGCGCAGUCUGAUCAGGAUCCAUUCUGUUCGCUAACAGUUCCUCUAAUUGUAAUAGGCUUUGAAAGCGAACAGCAUGGAUCCUAACCAGACUGCGCGGAUGCACAGGCUGGUCUGGAUCCAUGCUGGUCGCAAAGCCACUAGGUUGGUUUUCUCAUGGUGCGGCUCAUUUAGUUUUUAGCAAAUCUUGUAAUUCAGAAGCUCUGUUUUGAUGUGGUAACUUGUUUAUUCUCCUGUCAUUGUUUUUGUAUUUACAAUCUAAAUUAGGGACGUCACAAUUUAACCAGGGGAUGGGGGAUAGUGGGGGGAGACCUGUCAUGGUUCAUUUAGUAUCUCUGACUGGUUCAAUAUCUACUGGUUGAUGACCUCAUCGGCUGUAAAUGUUCUCUCAAAAUCCUUCAUAAAUUCAAAACUGAUCUGCAAAAUUAAUUGACAAUUUCCUUCAGACAGAUAGACUUUUCUGAAAUUUCGCUCAUUUUGAUGACUUCGAUGACUGAAUUAAAAAUAACCAAGAAAAAGCAUAGGGCAUGGUGUUCAUUUUGAAUUUAUUGUAUAAUCUAUAUUUUUUACAAACUCAGAACUACCAAAAUACGUAAGUAACUAUGAAAAAGCAUAGGUCAUGAUGUUCAUUCAAAAUUUGUUGUAAAGUCUAUAGAUAUUUCUUACAAACACAGAACUAACAAAAUAUUCAAUAAAUGCCCCCUUUUUUUAGAGCUAUCUUGAAAUUUAGGCUUCACUUUCUACAAGUUGUUAACAGAAUUUAUCUCUUGUACUAAAGGAGACUUGACAAGAAAUAGAAAGUUAAGAAACAUUAAGAGGUCAAAGCAGCUGCAUUGUGGAUACAGGAACUCAUGGAAUAUGAAUUCAGUUUGUUUGUUUGGGCUUGAUCUGAUGGCAUGACAUAUUGCUGAAGUCCACAUACAUCUGUGUCUGGCAAAUAAUGAAAAUUCUGAUUAUGAUGUCCCUAAUUUAAGCAGCAGACUGAUGAAAAUAAUUAAAGUGAAAUGUUGAUAAAAAUAUACUGAUUUUAUGUACAUAAGUUUUGGUGUAUAGGUUAGAACUAUCACAAUGAAAUUUUUAUUUCCGCUAAAUGAUAUUUUUGGAAACAGAAUUUUGUAAAUACAUAUUGUACUAUGUACAUCAGUAUUAUGUAUAUUGUCAUACUCGUAGUUUUUGAAUUAAUUAACUGUUUUUUUUGUUUUUGUACAGUGACUUUACCAGACAAUAAUAUUGUUAAAUAGAUGUACAUUUUGUAACUUUGUUGUCUGUUUUUUAGUUAAGUUUUUUUUUUUCGUAUUUUUUUAAUAUAAUAUUAAAUACAACAUAAAGCAAUUCUGUUUAUGAUAACUAACUGUUAACAGUGGUUUAUACUGUUUAAACUUGUAGAAAGUACUUUGAAUGAUGCUUUAGUGAACUGUAAAAUCAUUUAAUUUCGUGGAUGUAAAAUUUCGUGGUUUUUGCCUAUAUGGCUGUUUUGUUAGGAUAUGUAUUCGUGGAUUUCCACUUCUCAGGAUUUAAGAAUUGAGACUUGUUCUUUGGGAUUUUAUGCCAUUGAUUGAUGGAGCAAUGAAAUGUAGGGAAAACUGUUCCCCCACAAAUAGGAAUGAUUUUACAGUAUUUCAUUAAAGUGAGGCAUGCAGUAGUGGCCACUCUUCUCUGUAUGUUAGUCUGUCCAUUCUUAACUCUUCUUGUCUCUGUUAUUACUUUUAAGCAGAUCAAGGAAGCUUUUCACAAAAGCUAAACAUAAAGAAGGUUACUGUAAAAGCACAUAUUUUCACUGGGUCAAAAUUUCGCGAUUUUGCAAUUUUGAUUGUGUUUGCGAGGUUUAAUAUUCACGAAAUUGUAAAAAUGGUAUCCUACUUUAAUUAGCAUUAUACUAAUGGUGAAUAUUCACAUGAGGAUUAAUUUUCGUAGGGCCUCGCAAAUAUAACAAAAAUUGAACCCUCUCGAAAAUUACUGCUUUUACAGUACAUGCAAGAAGCAGGUCUGAACCUCCGGAGAUCAAGGUCACAGGUAGCUAAAUCCCACUAGCAAUGGGCUCUAAAAGUCCAGGGCUAUAAAAGGUGGCAAAAGUUUAUGCGUCCAAGAUAUGUUAGAAUUUAUAUACAUAAGCAGUUACUUUAGCGUUAUGUGUAACUUGUGACUUUUAAUGAUAUGAUGAAAAAUCUUGGUUUCAGAAAAUCAGCUGUAAAUUUGUGAGAUAACUUUAUUAACCCAAAUGGAAUUGACAUGUAUGUAAAUUGCACAGCAUGUUGCAUAAAUGAGCCACACCAUGAGAAAAUCAACGUAGUGCAUUUGCGACCAGCAUGGAUCCAGACCAGCCUGCGCAUCCGCGCAGUGUGGUCAGGAUCCAUGCUGUUCACUUAUGGUUUCUGUAAUUGCAAUAGUCGUUGAAAGCGAACAGUAUGGAUCCUGACCAGACUGUGUGGAUGCCCAGGCUGGUCUGGAUCCAUGCUGGUCGCAAAUGCAUUAUGUUGGUUUUCUCAUGGCGCGGCUCAAUUGUAAGCUACUGGUAUAUUGACGAUGCUUCAAGGCUUUAUAGUUAGAAAGUUAAAAGCUUUCUUAUAGGGUAAAAUACGGUAGGCAGAUGAUGAGAGAGGACUAUGAAUGAAAUUUAAUACAUGUAUAAAAAGAAUUAUUACUAAUCAGAAAAUGUUUAACUCUUGGCAGAUUAUUCUAGGUAUGUUAAUUAUUCCAUUUACAAAGCAAAACCUUGGAGAUAUGUCUGCAUAUUCAGUUGUAAAGAUUUGUUGAAGUCUAAAAUAUUCAGUUAUCUUUUAAAUCAGUAUUGAAAGGUGUGUGGCGUCAGAUUUAUGUUAACUUUUUUUAAAAACUGUAAACUCCAAUUUUCUAAUAAUUGAAAAUAUGAUGUAGAAAUGAAGCUAUUUAGGGAUUUCUACGAAGCAUUCACCUAGAAACUGUUUAGAAAAGUUCUCUGAUGUGUUUGUAACACACUAAAUCUGUGAUAUAAACUGGAAGAAAUCAGUUGGAUAAAAAAACAAAUUGGUCAACAUUGAUUUAUGGUAUAAGAUAUUUUAGAGUUUGCCAUUUGUUUUUUUUUUUGUUGUUGAAAAUUUUGAUAUUUAUCUGGAUGCCUGCCCCUUUAAAAGGAUCAUAACUAACUUUUACUAUAUCAUUGUACCUUGUUGUAAAUCAUGAAAACAAUUAUGGUCUUAUUUAAUUGUUUCCCCACCAUUUUUUAUGGCAAGUAUGCAUCAUUUUUUUAAAUCGCCUUUUUUCUGUCAUUUCUGCUGACUUUGUUGAAAUCCAAUUAAAUACCUUUUUGCCAACCAAAGAAUACCUUUAUCUGUUAAGAGAUUUAAUACAGUUGUAGUUGUUCAGCAAGUGUUUUAUGUUAUACUGCUUAACCGUAGUUUACUUUUCUCUCUAAACGGCAUCAUAAAGAAAGUAACAGUAACUCAUCAUGUAUACAUGUAUUUGUUUAGCAAUUUUGAUAGAUAUAUGGCUUCAGAGUGCAUUUAAGUGAGCAAAAACUCAUAGACAAUUCCUUUAAGAAGGAAUAAGAAAUGCUGUUCUAAUGAAUAUUUGUCUUUUUUCAUGGACACAGUGAUUAUCUUUACUAUAAUCUUCUGUAAAAGCCCGCCCGCUUAGCUCAGUAGGUAAGAGUGUUGGUCUCCGGAUCUCGGGGUCACGAGUUCGAUCCUCAGGCGGGGCGUAUGUUCUCCAUGACUAUUUGAUAAACGACCUUGUGUCUGAAAUCAUUAGUCCUCCACCUCUGAUUCAUGUGGGGAAGUUGGCAGUUACUUGCGGAGAACAGGUUUGUACUGGUACAGAAUCCAGGAAUACUGGUUAGGUUAACUGCCCGCCGUUACAUGACUGAAAUACUGUUGAAAAACAGCGUUAAACCCAAAACAAACAAACAAACAAAAUCUGUAAAAGACACUGUUAAGCAUCCUUAUGUUAAGGGAAGUAACUAUAGUUAAGUUUAUUAAGAACUUUUUUUCAGCAGUUUCUUCCCUUGCUGUAUUUCAUAGAUUGGAGACUGAUACUAGUUGGGUUAUAAAUAUUUUGUAAGUUGUUGCAUUUAAGUCAAAAAGGUUACACAGAUUUUGUCAUUUAUCAAAAUUUUGGAUGCCAUUCAUUUUGUACUAGAGAAAUGUGGUGAAUUUAGUGCACUGUUUUGUCUGGACUUAUAUGCCAAAGCACCUUUUUACUGUUAAAGUUCAUAGUUCUUGAGGCCUGUACACACUAGUGUAUCUUACUUUCUCAUACCGGUAUUUUUCACUGGACUAUUUUCUGUUAAGGAGUAUUUUGUUGUUGUUGUUCUUGUUCUAAGUUCUUGUUAGACAUUGUGAUGAUAAAAAAAAAUUCUAUAUUGUUGAGUGAGCCCAGUGAAAUAAGUAUUUGGUGCCUUUGUUAUGCAUUGACAUUAAAACUUGUUAAAACGA